AAAUCGAAGCGUAAAAUGAAUGGUGGUGCAUCUCGCUCCGAAAGACCCUCAACAUCAUCUGCCCGUCGAAGAAAUAUCAUAUCAGACGAAGAUUCUGAUGUUAGUUACAAACGAUCUGGAAAUAUUGAUGAACGUCUAGCCGAUCACGAUUACGAUGGCCAUGAUUUAGACGAAGACGAGGAGGAUAAUGAUAGCCAAAAAAGUAGUGAUAGCGAAGUUAUACCAACACGCAAGCGGCGUGUUUUCCAAAAGAACAAAAACGAUGAGUCAAAUGCCUCAGAUUCGGACUUUGAGCCGAAGCCUAAAGAUAAGAAGAAAAAACGGCGUAUACAACGUAAUUCAAGCGGUGAUUCGGAUGAUGAUGAAGAUGGCAAAAAAAAGAAUGUCAAACGUAAGGAUAUCCGUAAAAUUAUCAAGAGUGAUGAUUUAAAUUUGAGCACAAAAGAAGCGGCCAAGGAGGAAGAAGAGCGUCGCAAACGUAUCGAAGAGCGUCAAAAGCUUUAUAACAAAAUCUAUGUGAAGCCUGAAAGUACUGAGGUCACAGAGCUUGUGCUGGAUUUCGAUACGGAGACGAAGAAGGCAAUUCUUGAGGUAGAUAAGGGGCUGGUGAAGAAGCUGAAACCACAUCAAGUGACGGGAGUUAAAUUCAUGUGGGAUGCCUGCUUUGAAACGGUGAAAGAUGCUCAAGAGAAACCAGGUUCUGGGUGUAUUUUGGCCCAUUGCAUGGGUCUGGGUAAAACUAUGCAGAUUUGUACCCUCUCACACACACUGCUGGCCAAUUCGAACAAGACUAAUGUUGAAAGGGUUUUGAUUAUUUCACCACUCAGUACCCUGAAUAACUGGGCUAGGGAAUUUAAACAAUGGAUUGGUUUCACCAAAAAACGCAACAUUGAAAUAUACGAUAUGUCAAAAUAUAAAGACAAAGCAACCCGGAUUUUCAAACUAAAUGAAUGGUUUGAGGAGGGUGGCGUUUGUAUCAUGGGCUAUGAUAUGUAUCGUAUAUUAUCGAAUGAAAAGGCCAAAGGAUUGCGUAAAAAACAGCGGGAACAAUUACUGCAAUCCCUGGUUGACCCCGGCCCCGAUAUGGUUGUUUGCGACGAGGGACAUUUGUUGAAAAAUGAAAAGACUUCGAUCAGUAAGGCCGUGACACGUAUGCGCACAAAGAGACGUAUUGUUUUGACCGGUACACCUUUGCAAAAUAAUCUCAAAGAGUAUUAUUGCAUGAUACAGUUCAUCAAACCAAAUCUUUUGGGUACAUACAAGGAAUAUCUUAAUCGUUUUGUAAAUCCCAUUACAAAUGGACAAUAUACCGAUUCAACAGAUCGUGAUAUACGUCUAAUGAAACAUCGUUCCCAUAUCUUACACAAACUGUUGGAGGGUUGUAUUCAACGACGUGAUUAUUCGGUGCUGGCGCCGUAUUUGCCACCAAAACAUGAAUACGUGGUCUAUACCACACUCUCAGAUCUACAACAAUUGCUGUACGAACAUUAUAUGGUACAUCAGCGUGAUCUAAGCUCAAAUGUCGAGGGGAAAGGCGCUAAGCUGUUUCAAGACUUUCAAGAGUUACGUCGCAUAUGGACACAUCCGAUGAAUAUGCGCAUCAACAGUGAUUCGGUGAUACGUAAACGAGUGUUGGCCGAUGAAAAUGAGUCUAUUGAAGAUUUUAUAUGUGACGAUGAUAACGAAGAGGAAGCAGCUUCUUCGUCGGAUAGUUCAGAUGAAAAUUCGAUUAAAUCAUUUGGUAGUGGUGGUGCUCCAGCAGCAGGGGCGGCAUCGGGAAAAGUUCCCAAAACUCGUAAUAAUCGUCGUCUUGCCAAAGAAGCCGGUGAGGAUGUUGAUAGUGAUAUUGAAGAGGUGCCACCGCCACCCCAAGAUGAUCCAUCGGAAUGGUGGAAACGUUUUGUUGCCGACAAAGAACUAAAUAAUAUAAAUCAUUCCCCUAAAUUGGUAAUACUGAUGCGUCUAUUGGAACAGUGUGAAGCUAUUGGUGAUAAACUAUUGGUAUUUUCACAAUCUCUACAAAGUUUGGAUACCAUCGAACAUUUUUUUUCAUUGAUCGAUAGUAAAACAAGAGGUUAUGAAUAUGAGG